GCCGCUCGCAGCGUCCCUAGUUACGGCCGUCGCCGCCGUUGCUGCGAGUCCUCAACAGGGAAAUGGCAGAGGUAGAGGAAACUUUAAAGAGGAUUCAAGCCCAUAAAGGAGUUAUUGGAACAAUUGUUGUCAACGCAGAAGGCAUCCCAAUCAGAACGACUCUUGACAACUCCUCUACAGUCCAGUAUGCGGGCCUCCUUCACCAGCUCACAAUGAAAGCGAAGAGCACAGUGAGAGAUAUUGACCCCCAGAAUGAUCUGACCUUUCUUCGGAUUAGAUCAAAGAAACAUGAAAUCAUGGUAGCUCCAGAUAAAGAAUAUCUUCUCAUCGUUAUCCAGAAUCCAUGCGAGUAAAUCGGACACACCAAUUUAUUGGGAGCAGUGCUGCAGUUGUUAAAAUAACAUCCAUUUAUCAGUAAUAUAUAAUAAACGAUGUACUAAGAAGCUUCUCUAGAAACUUGUGGUGGGUUUUUAAAAGCGCAACUUCUCUUAUGAGUGCAACUUUUUGGGCAGGGAGGAUCUGACUAAUGAAAACAUUUGAUGCCUAAAUGCUUAAGGGACAAUAA